GUGUCAAAUCAAAUCAAAUCAAAACAAUGCCCAAAAUAAUUAGUUGGGGAUUGUUUCACUCGGUGAAAAACGAAAAAUUUUGAAUGAAAACCCGUGAAAAUUAGGAAGAAAACGUUUCCAAAAGUGCCGUGCAAACAUGAACUUUGUAGAUGUGCUAAAAUCAUGCUGGCUGAUGACCUUGAUCGGUUCGGUUCUGCUAACUGCCGGCACCUGUGUGCUGUUCUGGAAUGAGGCUCGUGCAAUUAGCACAUCUCUCUCGUUGGACGAGGCACUGAAUGAUGCCAUCACGGUCAGCGGAGAACGGCCUUACGACAAGACUUACGAAGGAAGAUUAGUACAUUUAACUGGUCCCAUUGUUACCGGUGAACCACUGACCGAACCGGAUUAUAACAUUCAAGUGCAGGCCGUUAAACUGAAACGGCGGGUGCAAAUGUACCAAUGGGUUGAAGAAUAUGUAGAAAAUCGCUAUGGCGAAGCAGUUGCUACUGUUCAAACAGAGGAACGUACCUACUACUAUACCAUGGAUUGGCGUGACGAGCUGGUUGAUUCACGAAGUUUCUACAUCCGUACCGGCCAUCACAAUCCCACGUCUUUCCCCAUGGAGACCAAAGUUUACGUUUCAGAGCGAGUUCACAUCGGUCAGUAUGAACUCGGGGAUGCUAUGAAGGAGCGAUUCAAAAAAUUCAUCGAAGUAACUUCGGACACCAGACCGGAAGAUCCGUCCGUGAAGCUGCAUGCUGGCCUGUAUUAUCAUUGUAAUGAUAUUUGGAAUCCGGAAAUCGGUGACAUCAGGAUUCAGUUUGCUUACGCUGGCCUGGAAGGCUCGACGUACACGGUCGUUGGCAAACUGGAAAACGGUAAAAUCGUUCCAUACGAAUCAUCCCACGCCAGAAAGGUGCUUCUGAUCUACCCAGGGGAGCUUUCUCUGCAGGAAACAUUUAAACUGGAACAACACUCCAAGCGUUUGACCACCUGGGGCUGGCGGCUAAUCGGCUGGAUUAUGCUGUUUCUGUCGGCCACCUGUUCGGCAUCGAUCUUGCAAUAUGUGGCAGCACAAAGUCGCGUUCUUCGGCAGUUCGUGCCGGAUCCAAGUUUUCCUGUGUCCACCAAUUUGACGAUGUCGUUCUCGCUGGCUCUGGCAAUAACCUCGGUGGCCUGGAUUGUUCAUCGACCCAUGCUGGGAAGCGGAAUAUUCUUUGCGGCGGUGUCUCCUUUUUUGUACUGUGCUCGUGGAUUAUUCAACAACAACUAUCAACGCAUGGACUGAACUGAAGCGACUGAAACAGGCGGAUGAUGUAUGCCUUAGUGUGCGUAGGCAGCAUGCUCUAACAGAAAGGAAGAUGGAAAGUUUCGUUUCUUGGCGAUUUUGAAAGAGCAGGACAUCUUUAUACUCGGGGAAGUCAGUUUAUUUUAAAAAGUUUCUUUUGGUAUUCUAA